UCUCGGAACACUUUGGGGGGUAUGGCAUAUCGACACACCAGUAGUGUCAGUUCCCGACUGGCUCCCGAUUCGAAUUAACACGUUGUCGUUGUCGCCUUCGUCGUCGUUAAAUGGGCGAUAAUAUCCACGCGAUACGCGGCACACGGUUCGUGUUACAGUUCAACAAGUCUUCUUGAAGUUCGACGCGUCUAGCGAUAAAGAUGACGAUGAUCAUCGCGCGGUCUAUCGGUGUGCAAUUGUUUGCAAAUAUGUUGUAGGCCUAAUCGGGCUGGCAUCGGGUACCUUGGCUGGAGAGAGCGAGUGAGUCGUUGGUAAUAUGCCAGCUAACAACCAGCAGCGUGGUGUUCAGUGCGGCGAGUUUGUUAUCAACAGAAGAGUGCGCUUUGAAGCUGAUUGUUUAAGAUUUCUAACAGUAAAUAAGUGAACCGUGAAGAAAAUUCCGUGAAGCAUCGGGUCACGUGUGGUCUAUACCUGGAAAAGCAAAACGAAGAAAGUGUGCCCAAGUGGGCUGAAUAAGUGUGUAACAAGUGCAAAACCAAAAUACUGAGCUGAAUACAUAAUGAUUGGAGCCAACACCCGUUCGAAUUAUGAGAAUUCUUAAUCAGUAACAAGUGUCAUGUACGAAACAGUUAGUUAAACGACAUGGGUAAAACUACGAGCAAAUUAGAUAAACGGCGAUCGCAAAGUAUAUCCUGGAGUCACAAGUUCGGAUCGCUGAACCGAAGGAGAAAAAAUGCGCCGAUGGUUAUCACCUCCUGUCCCCAUAUGGACGUUUUGGAAUGGCUGAAGCGGAUGGACCUGGAGGAAUAUCAUGCCAAAUUCAAACACUUCAGUGGAGUGGAAGACUUCCUGUACGUCAGUGAGGCCGACAUCAAAAAGCUCGGUGUGCGAAACAAUGCUCAUCGUGCCCGGAUGAUCAGCAGCCUCGUUGCACUGCGAGAAAAGCCAGCAACAGCAAGUCUCAACCGAUCCGAAACGUUGCAAAGAUCCAUGCGACACAGCUUGGCGGUGGAACCGAACAAAACUGGAAGCGCCGUCGUCGAACAGGAAUCAGUCAGCUAUGAAUGUCUGACGGUCAGUAACGCGAAGCAAAGUAAGAGUCUGGGCGAUCUGCUAGAUAUGGAAACAUCGGACGGUGGUGGCAACGAAGCGGUCGCCCUGAAAAAAGCCCUCGAGUGGGAACUGUCGCUGGAUUCGAGAGAUUUACGAUCACACGCCUGGUACCACGGUCCUAUACCCCGACAACGGGCCGAAGAAAUCGUCCAACGGGAUGGGGACUUUCUGGUGCGGGACUGCGUCUCCCAGCCGGGCAACUACGUGCUUACCUGCAGAACCAAGGGCCCGACGCUGCACUUCGUCAUCAAUAAGUUGCUGAUUCAGCCCGAGACCGUAUACGAGAGAGUACAAUAUCAGUUCGAAGACGAUGCCUAUGACACAGUUCCUGAUUUGAUAACCUUUUACGUAGGCUCAGGUAAAGCAAUUUCAGCCGCCUCGGGAGCACGGAUUCAGUUCCCCUGCAACAGGAUCUAUCCGCUAUCGUUUUAUGCUUCCAAGUAUGGCCAGCACGUGGGUGGCAUUCGUGGGCCAAGCCCACUCAACUCACCCUCACCGGUGCCGUCGUCGCCUGGGUUCAGGUAUAACCCUUACACCCAGCAAACGAACACAUAUCGAAGUCCGAUGUCUUCGCCGCCACGAACCAAGCGUGAAACGCCCCCUCGUCUACCAUCUAAGAAGCAACGUUCGCAAUCUCUAACCCCCCUGCAAGGAGCGCAGACCAGCCAACAGCGAUACUGCAGCGCUGACGGUGUGAUACAAUCCAAUGGAUCUGAUCCGAAUAGCAAAACGCUAACGAAACCUUCUCGGCUGACUGGAUCGACGGAGAAGUGCAACAGCGCAGAUGGAGUAAUCCACAGUAACGAUUCUUCGACCAGAUCCUCGGACGAGAAAUGCUCUAGCGCCGAUGGAGUCGUGAAGACGCAAACCAUGACUCGAUCAGGUACCUCCCAAUCUCUCCCGCGUUCCAAUAGCUUACGAUCUUCCCAUGGGGUGCUGGGCUCGCGAACGUCUAGCAUCAAUAAAGAACCCAGCGAGCACUCCCUUAGCCCUUGCAUAGAACAGAAACAGUUCGCCGAAGACGACGAGGAAUCGGAGCAACCUCCUAGUCCUCCACCAAAACCUGGACGAGGUGUCCACAGGAAUGACUCCAUGAAAGAGGGUGAUCCUCACGGCCCGAUCCAUCGAAUGGGAUCGUACCACCCGAGCGGAUCGGACUCUGGAAAUGGUUCGGGAGAUUCCGCACAAAGCUCCGCCACUGGUGAAGAGAUGGUCGUGCAACAUCGGGGAGGAGUGAUACUGAAAAACCCACGCUUCAUUCCGAGCUCGAUGUCGUCAGUCACGCUAAGGUCCUACGUGGAUUUCGAUCCGUUGGCCGCCGAAGAGGCACUGCUGGCCAUGACUGGGCCAACGUUCGAACAGGUUUCGCGCUUCGAUCUGGAGAACUUCAACACAUUGCUGCUUCCGUUCUGUGAUUACAAACCUCUGGACAGUGGUACGCUCAACACGUUCCGGAUGAUGCUGAGCGAAACGAGCUCCAGGGUUAUUGCGACGCAUCUGACGCGCGUGGACAUUAGCUUAAUAUUAGAAAAAGACGAAGAGAAAAAAGACCACAUCCUCAACUGCACCGGGCUGGAGUUGAUUACCCUGGAACAGGGCCGCCAAUUCCGAUUGGAUCUGAUCGAACGCACCGAAUGCAUGAAGCUGCUGGUGGCCGUUACCAUUUUGACCUGCCAGGACGACCUAGAACGGGCGGAAACCCUGAACAAGUGGAUACAAAUCGCCGUUGAAACCAAAACUGCCCUCGGGAAUCUAUUUGGAUUCUGUGCCAUCAUGCUUGGACUAUCGAUGCCACAGAUUCAAAAGCUGGAAACGACGUGGCACACAUUGCGCCAAAAGUACACCGACAGUGCAUUUAACUUCGAAGCUAAACUACGACCUACGCUCAACAGCAUGAACGACUGCUCGAACCCGCAGGCACCGAACACGACGAUACCGCACAUACUGCCAUACGUACUGGUUAAGGACCGCACAAUUACCGAUAUUCUUGUAGACCCGCUACAGCCGGCUCAGAACUGUUCCUCGUUGGUGACGAGCUGUGUCACGCCGUGGGAAACCAUUACUCAGGAUUUCGGCUUUUCGGUACUGUUUGCUCAUCUGGACGCUGCACGAAGUUUCGUGAACAAUCUAUCGCUCUAUCGAAAGAACGCACAUGGCAUCAUGCAAGAUACUAGCCGGCUCGACACUCUACUGGAGGAUGCGUUCAGAACCGAGUUCCAGGUAAAGUUCCUCUGGGGCAGCAAGGGCUGCUUCGUACCGGCCGAAGACCGACACGCCAAGUUCGAACACGUGCUCACGGUAAUGGCGGAGAAGUUUUGCGGCGAUCCAGCAGUGAACGCUGCCGGCUAAAUCCACGCGACGCAGAACUCCAGCAACAACUCUCCAAAUCAUACAUUUUCCUAUCGCAUUUCAUCUUUUUCCAAGCUCGCAAAUACAUAACACACAACUAUAUCUCAACCUACUCAUGUUUUAUCAGGCAUCUCAAAAUUGAUAGUGGAAAACAACUAAAUUUUGAUAGAGACAGACUAAACUUUUAUGCAACACUUUUAGCUCAAAUAUUGAAAGACCUACGAUAUAUGACGGGAAAAUCAAACGAAACAAUAAAUUCAAACAACAGUUUAGAAAGAAUCUUAAGCGCAUGAGGAAUUUUUGAGAAUAUCAAACGAAACAGACUUUUCUUUUUGGAAGUUGUUUAAGCAAAUAUCGAGACUAUGGUGGGAAUUAUUGAAUCCCAUAUACUGAAAUGUGGUAACUGUUUCAGCGACUCGAUGUUUCGAUAAAAAAUAAUAAUCAAAGCUAGUCAAGACGAAAUCGAAGUACUUGUAAUUGAUCGUUUGUGUUUUGUGGCCUGGAGGAUGAUUAUGGAUAAUUCUAAUUUACACCAAUUUUACAAAUGGAUACUUAAUGUACGGAUGUGUGGAGGAAAUUUUUUAUAGAGUUUUUACAAAUCAAACCGCAUAAAAUAAUGAGCGCGGUCCAGAUUGCGAUGUUAAAAUGACCUCGUUUCUGAUUUAUGUAUGGAAAUUUUCCCUGGAUUUUGCAAAAGAAGCCACCACUGAUGAAAUAGACUGAUGAUUUAUUGUUAAUUUUCUCGGUUUAGCACCUUCCAAAGCAAUACCUUGAUGAAAUUAUCGAUUUGAAUGCCUCAAGUUGGAAGCAACAAUUGUUCGUUAUUUUUCCUAGCAAUUUUGUACCAAACCCUUGGACAGUGUCACAAAUAUGUAGUGCUAUGUAGAUUCACACACAAUGCAAACAUAAAACUAUCUGAAGCAAGAAAAUGUAAAGGCAUUAACUCUGAACCAUUAAUACAAGUAGCUAAUCUUGAAGACAUUUUCGGAAAAUAUAAUAAAAAACUGUACGAUAAUAACAAUCACACAUUUAUACCAAGAGAAGAUAAUUUAUGUAGCCUUUGGUAAAAGAACAAGGACAUCUAAUCUCACUUAUUUGUUGGACUAAUUCCAGAGUAGUCAUCGCAUUGUUAAAAUUUAACUAAUGGAGAUAUUUCGACCCACACACACACACACACACACACACACAAAAGAUUUUCCGUUAAAUGGAAACAAAAUACUUUAUGUACCAGAAACCCGAAAAAGCAACCAAAAUACCGAUUAAAAAAGUGACAAACAUCUAAGCUAAUCAAUACACUUAUGCGUAGACGAAUGUAAGUUAUACAUUUGAUCAAACAUAUUUAUUUACCUUAGAAAAGGAACAAAACUAAACAGAAUUACCACACAAUAAAGCACACAUUUCGGAUAUAUAAUAGUGUCGAAACGGUAUCUACUGGAAACUACCAAGAAAAAAAAAACUGAUGGACUAUGAGCGGGUGACAAACAACUGGUAAAUCGGAAAGUAUUACGUAACGGGACAAGUAGUCAGUCGAAUGAAGAAGGCUACAUAUUUUCGGACAUUCGGUAAACGUGUUGAAAAGUAACAAUAAGCCAAAUGAGUGGGCGGCACAUGUAUGGUGGUCCUUAGAUCGAUCAAUCGAAGCGAAGGAAGAUUCAGAGAGAAGAUACGAGUGACACACAUGUUUGUAUUGAUCGUACCGUGCGCAAAUAUGGACAACAUACAAGUAUGAUAUUUAAACCGCAGGAAAUGAUUGAAUAAUAAAUUAUUUAAAUGAGA